AUGAGUGGCAACACCAUCGAUAUUGAAGAUCUCAUCCAAAGAUUGUUGGACGCUGGUUACAGCGGAAAGAGAACAAAGAAUGUAUGUUUAAAGAAUAACGAAAUCCAAUUAAUCUGUUCUACAGCAAGAGAAAUAUUCCUUUCCCAGCCAUCUUUGUUAGAAUUGUCGCCUCCUGUUAAGGUGGUUGGUGACGUUCACGGUCAGUACGGUGACCUUAUUAGAAUUUUUACAAAAUGUGGGUUUCCACCAUCUACAAACUAUUUAUUCUUGGGCGAUUACGUUGAUAGAGGCAAGCAAUCAUUGGAGACAAUACUCUUGUUAUUGUGUUACAAGAUCAAAUACCCUGAAAACUUCUUCCUUUUGAGAGGUAACCAUGAAUGUGCCAAUGUCACUAGAGUUUACGGAUUCUAUGAUGAAUGUAAGAGAAGAUGCAAUAUCAAGACUUGGAAAUUGUUUAUUGAUACAUUUAAUACUCUACCAAUUGCAGCCAUAGUUGCUGGCAAGAUUUUCUGUGUUCAUGGAGGAUUAUCACCAGUAUUGAACUCCAUGGACGAAAUCAGAAAUAUCGCUAGACCCACAGACGUUCCCGAUUUCGGAUUGUUAAAUGACUUGCUAUGGUCAGAUCCAGCUGAUACACUAAACGAAUGGGAAGAUAACGAACGAGGGGUAUCAUAUGUAUUUUCGAAGGUAGCUAUAAACAAGUUCUUGUCAAAAUUCGGAUUUGACUUGGUUUGUCGAGCACAUAUGGUGGUCGAAGAUGGCUAUGAAUUUUUCAAUGAUAGAACGUUGGUAACUGUAUUCCUGGCACCAAAUUACUGUGGAGAGUUUGACAAUUGGGGUGCGGUCAUGAGUGUUUCGGAAGAGUUGCUUUGCUCCUUCGAGUUGCUUGAUCCAUUGGACAGUGUUGCAUUAAAACAAGUGAUGAAGAAAGGAAAGCAAGAAAGAAAAUCGGCUCAAUUGCAAAGAGUACUGCUGCAAAGAUGA